AUGGAGAAGGAGUCUGAACCAACCGUCACUAAAUUCGCGUGCAAGAAAUGUCGUUGCGUCUUGUUCCAAAGUACCGAUCUGAUGCCGCAUGAACCCGAGCGACACCAAAUUGCAACGUAUAAACGACUCAAGGAUCUUAAGCACCACUUUGGUGGUCAUGUCGAAUGCUCUUCGUAUUUCCUGGAUGAGACACUGUCCUGGAUGGACGAGGCCCUCCUAGCCAAAGGCAAGAUUCGUUGCCCCACAGCCAAGUGCCAGUCGCGUCUCGGUGGGUUGCAAUGGUCAGGCUCUCAGUGCUCAUGUGGCACGUGGGUCACACCAAGCAUCAAAAUCACCAAGAGCAGAGUGGACACUGUCGUCAAGCAAACCAACUUGAAUAUCGUCACGGGUGUCAUGCUGCCGAAUGCCGUGGAGGUUAACGGAGCGGAGAUGACUUCGACAGGUGGUUAA